UUGGGUGUUGCUGUUAUUCAGAGAAACUUGGAAGAAACAGAAUCCAGCACAAGAGUAUUGAAAAAGCGGAUGAGACAAGUGAAGAAUCCUUUUUGGUUAGAAAUCCCUCAUCCUGCUACAGCUUCGGUAACAAACGGUAUAGCGCUGACACCUGAUUGUCUGGAAGACUGUAUUCUUACAUGCUACUGGGGCUGCAGUGUUCAAAAACUCAACGAAGCAUUGCAGAAACAUGUCUACUGCUUCAGAAUAAAGACUCCUCAGGCAUUAGAUGAUGCGCUGUACAGCGAAUACCUCUAUCGACAACAGUACUUCAUUAAAAAAAAUGACAAGAAAGAAAAAUAUUGUCAGUUACCAGGAGAUGCUCAAGUUGUCGAUUUUGGCCCGGUGCCUAGAUUUCGCUAUCCCUUGAUAGCGUUGUUGACGUUAGCUGAUGAAAAAGACAGAGAAAUAUAUGAAAUUAUAUUUGAGCUGAUUGCUGACUUGACUGCUAGGAACAUAGAAAUUACCUUCCUGCGACAGCCCCGAGUCCGCGUAAUGCG